AUGUGGAAGAAGAACACUGGAGUCGCAAUUCCUAAGAUUGAAUGGACAGCUGAUGUAAUCUGGCAACUGCUGGCCCAAAUAGAACUGCCGGAGAACAGAGUCAUACUAUUGGGGAAGCGCAAGAAGGGUGAGAGAACAUCGGGUGACAGCAAGGUCACCGUCUACCAGCGCAUGGGGUCCACCAUAUUUCUGCAGUUGCAUAGUUUGAAUGCUGUUGCAAUCGGAGAAUGUAUCAAAUGGAAAUAUGAGCACCAUGACCAUGCACAAAACAAGUUUGUUGGAAAGAGGCCUCCAAAGGCUUCAUCGCUCUCUCAAGGCAGUAUUGAGAAAGCGAGGCUCCAUAUAUCCAAGAUACCAAAAAAGUGGAUUCUUGAUGAGACUCUGAUAGACAUGCAAAGGGCAAGUUUAGAGGCAAUUAGUGCCCGUGCUGCAGCUGAUAUGUGCCUCCAAGAGCGCCAGAUGCUACUGAAGGAGUUUACAGCUGGUAUCUGGGAUGUUGAUGAGUAUUGUGCAAAGUUACAUAGCCUGACUAGGAAUUCUAACUGGGGUGAUUUCGAGUAG